AUGAAAUCUACACUCGUUGUGCGAUUCACUACGAUAACAUAUCUUGUGUUUUUACUCUUUACUAUCGUUCUGUCUGCACCUGGUUCAUCAAAUUCAAAAACAGAAAUUUAUCUAAAACGUUUCGUUCAUGGUCGAUCAAUUGAUCAAGAUGAUGAACAACAAGAUUUUAGUGAAGAUUUGCUUGAAAAACGUUUUGUUCAUAGUUAA